AUGUCACUGGCCGCACAAUUCUCGCCGCCGGUCAGCGGAACAACCAGGAAAACAGCGUUUCCGAUGUUACCGCAUCGUUCCACUCGACGCGUAUUUCCGGUUUACCAUGGUAUUAGAACUCCGACGACGAUUUGUCUGAGGAAAUCGCCGUAUCUAGUGGCUAAGGCUAUCGAACAGAGCCGAGAUACAGCUGGAUCUGAAUCGGAGUCGGAGGCGACUCCUUCACCGGGAGAGAAUGGAAAGGGAGAUAAGGAGGUUGAGAUUAGCGCGUUAGGCGCAGAGAUAAAGGCGGCGAUGGAGAAGAGGAAAGCGGCGGAGGAGGAGAAAGGGAAGAACGAGUUUCUGAGUGGAGUGGCGGAGGAAGUGAGGGAGAUUGAGUGGCCGGCGUUUCAGAAAGUUCUCGGAACUACCGGCGUUGUGCUUGGUGUCAUCGCCGGUUCAAGCAUCGUUUUGCUCACAGUCAAUUUCAUUUUGGCUGAACUCUCCGAUCGUGUGUUCAUCGGAAAAGGUGUUCAAGAUUUCUUUUAG